AUGAAUUUUAUCUAUCUAUCUAUCUAUCUAUCUAUCUAUCUAUCUAUCUAUAUAUAUAUAUAUUUAUAUAUAUGUCUCUCUCUCUCUCUCUCUCUCUCUCUCCUCCUUCCCUCUCUCUCUCUCUCUCUCUCUUUCUCUUUGUCUCUCUUUUAUUUUCUUUACUUGAAAAGAAGCAACGAAGGACAAAAUUAUCUAUCUAUCUAUCUAUCUAUCUAUCUAUCUAUCUAUCUAUCUAAGCCUGUUCUUAUCUACCUAUCUAUCUAUCUCAGUCUGUUCAUAUCUACCUAUUAUCUCAGUCUGUUCAUAUCUAUCUAUCUAUCUAUCUAUCUAAUCUGUUCAUAUCUAUCUAUCGAUGUAAGUCUGUUCGCAUCUAUCUAUUUAUCUAUGCUUGGGCUUCGCGUAUCUAUCUAUCUAUUUAUCUAUCUAUUCCAUAUCUUAGUCUCUCUCUCUCUCUCUCUCUCUCCAUCUAUCUGUCUUUUGUUCAUAUAUCUAUUUAUCGCCGUCUGUUCAUAUAUCUGUCAAUCUCCUUCUGUUCAUCUAUCUUUCUAUCCAUCUAUCUAUUUAUCUCUGUUUGUUCAUCUAUCUAUCUAUCUAUCUAUCUAUCUAUCUAUCUAUCUCAGUCUAUUGAUUUAUCUAUCUAUCUAUCUAUCUCAGUCUAUUGAUUUAUCUAUCUGUCUAUGA